AUAAAAGUACGAACCCAAAUCCUGAACCGUAGACAGUCACAGCUCCCUUUCCCUUCGCUUCUAUGAUUCUUCCUUCACCUUUUCAUCCCGAUUCCAUUCCAGUUUGUCUUCAACAACGAAGAAACACGGACUUUCAAAAUUUCUUCUUAAGUCCCCCAACUUAUCAAAAUCAUCUAUUUAACCCCCGACCUUCACCAACUCCUGCAAGCAGACCCUCUCCUCUUUGACUCCAGGGUUAGGGUUUUGCUUUGCAGAUCUGAUCCAUAAUUCAAUUGUGAGAAUCGAAUUAAUCUCUGAUCUGUUAUUGUUCAUGCACUGAGGAUACGAGAUCGAGAGAUGGGUAUUUUGUUUACGCGGAUGUUCUCUUCGCUUUUUGGGAAUAAAGAGGCUAGGAUUCUAGUUCUUGGCCUUGACAAUGCUGGCAAAACUACGAUUCUUUAUCGGCUUCAAAUGGGUGAAGUUGUUUCAACUAUUCCAACAAUUGGGUUUAAUGUGGAAACAGUGCAGUAUAAUAACAUCAAAUUCCAAGUCUGGGAUCUGGGUGGGCAGACAAGUAUCAGGCCAUAUUGGAGAUGCUACUUUCCAAACACGCAAGCAAUAAUUUAUGUUAUUGAUUCAAGUGACACCGAUAGGCUGGCGAUAGCUAAAGAUGAGUUUCAUGCAAUAUUGGAGGAAGAGGAGUUAAGAGGUGCAGUUGUUCUCAUUUUUGCAAACAAGCAGGAUCUUCCUGGGGCACUUGAUGAUGCUGCAGUGACUGAGGCACUAGAGUUGCACAAGAUUAAAAACCGUCAAUGGGCUAUAUUCAAAACUUCUGCUACAAAAGGGGAAGGUCUUUUUGAGGGUUUGGACUGGUUGAGUAACACACUCAAAUCUGUAGGUGGCUAACUCAUGGCAGAAGGGCACAGAGGCUUUUGCUGCUUCUAUGUGAUCAAGUUACAUCUCAAAAACAAAAGGAACAAGAAUGGUGUUUCUAUGUUUGAAUCGUGAUAGAAAUUUUAUUUGAGUGCAACUUUCUCAUUUCACCUCUACUGAUGUAUCUUUCUUUUCAGUACACCAUUGAUAUACAUGUACCAUUUUUGUCAAAAGACAUGACUUGUUUGGCACUUUUCUUCUGAUUAUUCACCAUUAUUUUUCUCU